CCCUUCAUUUCCCACCACCACCACCACCCCCAACCCCAGCCGGAGCACAGACGGGUACUGAUUGUAAUUACCAAGCGCUCGCAGCGAGUGGUUCUUUUAUUGGCGCUGAUAUCUCACCCCUCCGCCGACCCCUGUGCACUUGGUCGCUCGCUCCCCUCAGGAUGUGGUCCAGUCUGAACGAGUGGCUGUGGCAGGACAGGUUCUGGCUACCACCUAAUAGCUCGUGGGCUGACCUGGAGGACCGAGAUGGCCGGGUCUAUGCCCACCCCAAGGACAUGCUGGCAGCCCUGCCACUGGCACUGGCCCUGGUGGUUGUGCGCUUCACCUUUGAGAGAUUCAUCGGCCUGCCCCUAAGCCAGUGGCUGGGUGUGAAGAAUCGAGCCAGGAGGCCGGUGCAACCCAACGCCACACUGGAAAAACACUUCCUGGUGGAAGGACGGAGACUCACUGAGCCUCAGAUGGUCAUCCUGGCCACCCAGUGUGGCCUCACACUGAGGCAGACUGAACGCUGGUUCCGAAGACGCCGAAAUCAGGACCGGCCUUGCCUGACCAAGAAGUUCUGUGAGGCUAGCUGGAGGUUCGUCUUCUAUCUGUUCUUCUUCUUUGGUGGCCUCUCAGUCCUCUACCACGAGUCAUGGCUGUGGAGGCCAGUGAUGUGCUGGGACAAUUACCCACAUCAGACCCUGAAGCCGGCCCUGUACUACUGGUACCUCCUGGAGCUGAGUUUCUACAUUUCCCUGCUGAUCACUCUGCCCUUCGAUGUCAGGCGCAAGGAUAUCAAGGAGCAGGUAGUGCACCACCUCGUGACCAUCAUCCUCCUCACCUUCUCCUACAGCACGAACCUGCUGCGCAUUGGCUCUCUAGUGCUGCUACUGCAUGACUCUGCGGACUACCUGAUGGAGGCCUGUAAGAUGUUCAACUAUGCGCACCAGUGGCCCGUGUGCAACUCACUCUUCAUCAUCUUCUCCUUGGUCUUCUUCUACACUCGCCUCGUGCUCUUCCCCACCCAGAUCCUCUAUACCACGUACUACGAGUCCAUUGCCAACUCGGCCCCCUUCUUUGGCUAUUACUUCUUCAACUCACUUCUGGUGAUGCUGCAACUGCUGCAUGUGUUCUGGUCUUGCCUCCUCCUUCGUAUGAUCCACAGAUUCACGAAGAAAGGCCAGAUGGAGAAGGACAUUCGCAGUGACAUAGAGGAGUCGGAGUCGAGCGAAGAGGAGGGAGCCCGGGAGCAUCCGGAGCUCGAGAAUGGGGCAUCUCAGGGACCUGGGGUGGCCUCUACUGAUGGCCCUCGGAGCCGGGCAGCUAGGCAGCUGGCCAGUGGGCAUAUGUUGGCCACGUAGCUAGCCAAGGACUGACUGUGCUCCUCCCAGUGCCUUGGAUUUGUGGGGUGGCUGCACCGGCCAGCUUCGUGGAAACAGGGAGGGCCCCACCCCAGGGUGGGGGAAGGGCUCAUGACCUGUCUCCAGACCCUUCCUUCUGCUUACCCUCGCUCCUUUCCUUGGGGCACUAGACAGAGCUGGGCAGUGGGCAGCAGCAGGGUGCUGCAGCCCACCAGAGUCACCAUGAACCUGCAGUCCGGGGACUGUGAAGAGCCCCAGUGUGAAAGCAGUCCAAUAAAACUUGAACAGAGCCAAAUCCUCUGCCUGA